GCGACGGUGUCGUGUCGUAGUCCGUCAGUCAGAGUACUGCCCUCCGUGGUUUUCCAAGGAAAACUUGUCGUUCAGUGAUCAAUUGUGCCCUAUUUCCACGUUCCGUGUUCGACUAACAAGUCGAAGUUGUUUUUGACGGACCUGUUCUAUCAAUUCGCCAAGACGAAGCUUAAAAUGCUAUUGGGCAAUCACGCUGCCCUUACACCCCUGGAGGAUAUGUCAGCUGGUCGAGGGCAAGCAGGCGAGGGGCCGCCUCCGAAUUGUCAGAAAGUUUUUAUAGAACGUGACUACAGUGAAGGCACCAUGGUUAAGUUUCAAACACAGUUUCCCACGGAAUUAGAGAGCAGACUGGACAGACCGUUGUUCGAGUACACGAUCAAUCAGUUGAACAACUACUUCGCAGAAGCUGAACGUGCCAGUUGUUCCACAUAUUGCGAAGGCUGCCUGGCUUGCCUUACUGGUUAUCUAAUUUAUAUAUGCACAGAGACUCAUUACGAGAAGUGUUUACGAAAAGUGGCAAAGUUUAUUAGUGAACAAAAUGACAGAGUCUAUAAGCCACGUGGGCUGUUAUUAACAAAUCCAGUAAUGCGUGGUCUUAGGCUAAUAGAAAUUUCAGUAUUAGACAGACCUGCGUCGUGACUACAUAUUAGCCGAUCCAGGGAGUUCUUUAUGUGAUCCGCGCACUUCUGCCACUUUGCUGGGAUUGCAAAACCCCUGGUUUUGGUGGGAUUGAGCUGAUGAGUGUCUCUGAACAUAAAUUUUGUUCAAGCUCUGAUCCUAUUUUACAGUUUAGUUUGUGAAUGUGAAUUUUGCACAGAUUCACAGAGUAAGAAAUAGUUUACAUUUUCAGUGAAUAGUUCUGUAAACAUACAUGCAACGUCUUUACUAAAUAUUACGAAUGAAAGUUGUUUUCUUUGAUAUAGUACAUCACGAGAAGCAAUUCUUUUGUUCUAGAGAAAACUUUAUGCUCCAUUUGGUGGGACAUAACAAAUUUGAUUGACUCUUUAUACGACUUUAAGUCGCAAAAUAACAAUAACAAAAGUACAUUUUCACAGGGUUUUGUCUGCAAACAAGGACACAAUUAGUCUUUUUGCAUGUAUGUUUUUGAUCAAUUGGUAUUGUAUCUAGUGUCCACGCACUGAGUUCAGACAAAUCGUGGAUGCAUUAAGGCCAUGGCGUUGUAUAAGUUCAAUUUUUUUAUGCAUUCAACAAUACCAGUGUAAACAGUCAA